AUGACAGAUUCACAUGCUGGUGGUCAAGACCCUGGAGGACCUGAGCUGAGAAUCAUCCUUGUUGGUAAAACUGGAGCUGGGAAAAGUGCAACAGGAAACACCAUCCUUGGCGAGCGAAAGUUUGAGUCCAAGCUGAGUGUAAAGUCAGUAACUGAGACUUGUGCUAAAGGGAGGGUAACAUGGGAUGGGAGGGAGGUUGUGGUUAUCGAUACACCUGAUAUUUUUGAUACAAAGGCCCCUGAUGAAGCAUCUGCCUGUGAGAUCGCUCGCUGUAUCAGGCUCUCCUACCCAGGCCCCCACACUCUGGUGCUGGUUACACAGCUGGGCUGUUACGCUGAGGAGGAUAAGGCAAUAGUAAAGCGAAUACCAGAGAUUUUUGGAGUUGAGGCUCUGAGGUACAUGAUCGUCUUAUUCACCCGGAAAGAAGACUUAGAAGGUGACUCACUGAACGAUUAUAUAAGAGACUUGGAUAACCAAGAUCUUCGGAAGUUGAUUGCAGAUUGUGGGAACCGAUGCUGCACUUUCAACAAUAAAGCAACUGGCACAGAAAGGGAUGAACAGAUUAAUGAACUGAGGAAAGUGAUUGAGAAAAUGGUGCAGGUGAAUGGAGGCCGAUGUUACAGCAAUGAGCUGUAUAAAUAUGCCAAAGAGAAGACUGAACAACAGGAGAGGGCACUUGAGAAAAUGUACAGAGAACUAGAGGAAGAAAAGGUAAAAGAAAUAAUACAUCACUUCAAGGAGAAAUAUAAAAUCAUAAAGGAAGGCUUAAACUCAAGGCCAGAGGAAGUAAAGGAAAUACAUCUAGAACUAGGCGAGACUGUAUAUCGAGCUUUAGAAACGCUGUCAAAAACUCAGAAAGCCACAGAGGCAGAACAGGAAGAAAACCUGCUGAAAGAAAUACAGAAAUACUACAAGGAAAAGGUAAAACAAGGGAAGAAGGAAGCAAUGAAGAGAUGGGCUAAUUAG